GUACUACGCAGUCAUCAAAUGGCUUCAACAGGAUUGGCUGGAAUUGCAAUUGUCCUAUGUACUGCUGAUGUUCUCUAUGCCUUUGCUAUAGUGGAAAAGGAUGAUGUGUUCAAGAAGACCCCUUGCCCAGCCUUUCUGAUGUUUGAGAAUGCUGCUUACCUGGCUGAUAUGAGCUUUGAGUUGCCUUGCAAUUGUAAACCAGAGGAAAUCAGCUCUGUGGUUUGGUACUUUCAGAAAAAUAUGGGCAGUCAGCAGACUAACGUCUUGACAGACUUUGAUGGCACUUUGACAGUGGACUCCAGCCACAUCAAGGUGGGCAGUGACAUGAUUCGGCGCUUCAGCAUUAGGAUGUUCAGUCUCAUUAUCUUCCGGGUGCAGGUGGAAGAUUCAGGGCACUAUAUUUGUGGCACAAAGAAAGGAGAUUUCUUCUAUGGCUAUGACAUAGAUGUACAAGUUUCCAAGGGAAUAGCAGUUGUCUUUACAGAUAAGAAUCAGCAUUCCUGGAGAGAUGAUGAGAAAACACAUUUCAUGAUCUUUACCAUCUUCUGGGAUUGGACCAAGUGCAACCGCUGUGAUGUCAGGGGUGAGCAACGGAGAAUUGGUCUUUGCUAUGUGAAAAGCCCCUAUCUGCUCAGGCGGUACCAUACAACCACAGCAGAGGUGGCAUCCUGUGGUUCGAGGUCAGUCCCAAAACAGUUUUGGGGUGUUGUUCAGAUUAGAAAGCCCGAGAUUGUUAUCCGAAGUUGCAUGAUAUCUUGUAGAGGAAAGACAACUUCAAAUGAUGGAGAAGCAUCCAUCUCAAACAUCAUUUCAAAGCUUGGAGAAAAACCCUGGGUUCCCAAUAUCCCCAUUCAGUUCCACAAGCAGACCCUUGGUAGCGGGUUGAUCAUUACCUGCCCUGGUGCCAGGCCAGAACAUGCUAUAGCCUGGGAUAAAGAUUCAACUCGUCUGUACCUCACUAGGUUCCUCAUUGGGGUCAACAAGAGCAUGAGGGUCUUCAUUGACCAUGGAAAUCAGCUGCACAUCCACUUCACCCAGAUGAAUGACAGAGGCAUCUACUAUUGUUGGCGAGAGGGACAAAUGGUUGCUGGUUUCCGACUAUCUGUGGUGUAUGAAAGCCGCCUCAAACGAAGCCCUGAUGAUCCUGAGACACAGUACGCUGUGAAUGCGAUCCUCACAAGCUAUAUCCUCAUCACCAUUCUCUUUGUCACCAUCCACAUGAUCCACUGCUGUCUUUAUGUCUUCAAGUAUACAGCUGUGGAAUAG